AUGGGCGAGACCGACAAGAAAGAGGCAGCUCAGGAAAAGCAGGAGCCUGAUUCGAAGCCCGAAGCCCUUCAAUUGCCCGAAAAGAAGAGACCUUUCGAUGAAGAAGAGAAAGAGGACGUGAAGAAAGCAAAGAGCGUGAAGAAAAACGAGGAAACGCAGGAGGAGAAGACGCAGGAAAGUGACACAAGACUGGACGGUGCUGCCGCAAACGAUACCGAGAAAAAGGAGGACAGCACUUCCAGCGAGACAGACAAAAAUUCCGAUGUGAUAGACGAAAAGAAAGAGAAACCAGAGACCAAGUUUGUAUUUGGUGCUCGGACAACGUUUGGGCAAGCCAGUGGGUUUUCUAUGCUCUCGAAAAAGAAUGUUUUCGGAAAGCAAGACGGCAAAGAUCAGGACAAGACAGAGGAAAAGCAAGAAGCACCAAAGAGCGUAUUUGGUAGCGGGUCAACUUUUGGAAAUGCGUUCCAACAUGCAGUUGGCAAAAAAUCAAUAUUCGAUGAGCCUCAGCAAAGCUCUGCAGAGGCCGAGGACAAGGAGGGGGUGUCGAAGGAGGUAUACAAAAAGGUUCACCUUGAAAAACAGGAAGUGAAGUCAGGGGAAGAGGAAGAGGAGACUCUGUUUCAGGUCAAGGCGAAAUUGUACCACAUGGAUUUGACCAAUGUUUCCGAAGGAUGGAGGGAAAAAGGAGUUGGCAUUUUGAAAGUGAACAGAUUUAUCAACCCAACCAAGCAUUACCACGCUCGGCUUGUCAUGCGUCAGGACGGUAUAUUGAAGCUGAUUUUGAACGUGCCAAUUGUGAAAGGAGUGGAGGUCUUCAAAGGAAUGGCCAGCUCUUUGAAUAGCGAUAAGUUCAUUCGAGUUCAGCUCGUCGAGGACUCGAAACCCGUACAAUACGCGUUCAAGAUUGGAAUGGUGGAGAACUCUUCGAAACUCUACAACGUGAUCGAGAGCUUGGUAAAAGAAGUGAACUAA